AGUGGCCCAUCUCCAGUUGUGACGUCACUAAAUCAAUGUCACGGUUAGAUCUAUCGGUAGGCUACGUCCCGCCUCAACAAACUUUAAACCUUCUACUUUGAACUACAAAUUCUAUAAACUUGGAACAUGAUAAGUAUUUCAAAUUACAGAAAGUGGAGUACAACAUCUCAAUCAACUUUGAAGCUAAUUGUAGAAUAUUUCCAGGAACUACAAGCGGAAUGUACCAAGCAAAAGUAGUAUAGGUACCUAAUAAUAUUGACGUAAUUUAACAAGUAAUUACCGCAAUUAGACUAAUAUCAAUUAACUGCUCAUUAUAUCUUCCACCUUUCCAUAUAGUGUAUUUUAAGUCAGUAUAAAAGUAAAUUGAAUAAUGUCAGAUCUACUAUAGCAAUCAACAUGAAUCAUCUGUUAGUAAUAGCCUUGGUCAUCGCUGUAAUUUCAGCCAAACCGCAGGGAAAUUUCGUAUCCGUAAGUCAAGAUACGCUGGGAAACUACAAUUUUAAAUACGUUGCCGGAAGUGUAGCCAGAGCCGAAAGCCGAGAUUCUUAUGGAAAUGUCGUAGGAGCCUUUUCGUAUAUCGAUGCCAAUGGCGUACUGAGGGAAACCCAAUUUACUUCGGGGGUUGACGGAUACCAACCAAUUAGUGAUGAUAUUCCAAUUCCGGUGGUUGACACACCGGAAGUCGCUCAGGCAAAGUUCGCGCAUUUAGCUGUACUUCAUGCUGCUUACCUACGCCUCCCAACAGGGUUAAGUUUUUAAUGAGCAUCGGCACAUAAUUUAUUUAUUACCAUCAAUUUACUGUAAUUUUUCACAUUAAAAACGAACCCGUAAAACAUGA